AUUGAUUGAAAAUUUGUGAGAUUUCAAACUUCAAGGUUACUCCUUUCCUAUGGCUUCGGACUUUUAUAUUUCUAACGUUAAGUUAGAAUAUCAGAAACUUAGAGAUAGAGUUGAAAAGCUUGAAAAAGAAAAAGAAAUGCUCAUGGCAGAACUCGGACACAGGGAACAAAAUUUUUGUGGGAAUAUACUUGCAUUUGUUGAGAGUUUGUUUUUUAAUACGAAAUACAGUGAUGUACUGUUCAAAACACCGAACGUUCUUGUCCCAGGGCACAGAUUUGUUCUCGAUGCUAGGGGAGGAGUUUGGAAUGUUUAUACAGAGGAUGGUGUAGAAUAUAUAAAUAUACAAGGUUAUCGUCAAAAUGUAUGCGAAGCUUUUAUUCUGUGGACUUAUAGGGGCAUAUUGGAAGAGUACGACGCACAAUGCUUGUCCGAUUUAAUGACACUUGCACGAGAAUUUUGCUUACCUUCCUUAUUUACCCAGUGCGAAAUCGCUUUAAUUCCUCUAGUGACAAGAGAAAACUGUUUGUCAUUGUAUUCGUCUUCGCAUAGAUUAAGAGCCACACGGUUGUUAGACCAUUGCUUCUCGUUUAUGUCACGUGUUUGGCCUAAUUUUUCAGUGAAAGAAAUUUCUACAGUUUCUGCCCCUGUCUUGCAAUCUUUUCUCGAGAAGUAUUCCAAGUUCCCUGUUCACUCAGCAAUUGACCUUGGAAGAGAUGACACAGUUUUAUCUUUGCUUAACGUUGAUCAUCCAAAGGCUAAACUCCUCGUAAAUCAACUGAAUGAAAAUGGUCUAUCACCGUUAUAUAUGGCCCUAAAGGAUGCACAUUUCGAGCUUGCUGAGAAACUAAUUGGUCUAGGCGCAGAUAUAAACGCACUUAUUGGUCCUACUGACGAAAAGCAACCUGUUACUCAGUUUGCGUUUAGAAAAAACCAUUAUGAAGCUGUCCAAUUUCUCUUGCUUCAUGGUUCCAAUUGUGAUUUCUGUGAUUCAAUCUCGUCUCGCACACUACUUCAUAACCUUGCAGUAACCGACGCAAAGGAAAUGUCAGAAGCUGUGAUAAAUAUAGCAAAAACAUUAAUCCAACAAAGUGCUAAUAUUUCUUCCCAAGAUAUAGACGGAAAUUCACCGUUGCAUUUGUCUAUUUUGCACAAUAAUUCAAGUUUAUUUAAUUUGCUGAUCAAUCAUUCCAAGAAGCCUAAUUUAGAUUUACCCAAUAAUCAAGGAUUAUGUCCACUGUGGUUAGCGCUUGUCAGAAAGUUCAAUUUUCGUGAUCCAAGUGUUUACGGAUUUAAAUCUAACUCGUUGACAAGUAAUUCAUAUGACUUCGCUAGUCAGUUGAUUGAAAAUGGUGCUAACGUGAAUUAUAGAUUUACUGAUGUUCAUUAUUCUGCAUUGAAUGGUAAAUCUUUGAAGAACCCACUUCCAGGUGACACUUUGCUUUUGGCUGCUUCACGAAUCGGAUGGGAAUCAGCUGCUUUAUUUCUUCUUGAUCACUCACAAUGUGAUCCUACUUUAGAGUCAUUUACUCAAGGAGAAACAGUUUUUCAUGUUGCCGUAGAAGCUGAACUGUCUAAUUUAUGCAAUCGCUUGAUUAUGCGGAACGAUACUGACCCAAAUCGUUUACGGUUUUCCAAAGCUAAUAUAAUAACAUCAGACAGUGAGGAAAUCCUGUCACAAACUUCUUACGAAAGUACUUGUGUGAAAGAGACUAAUCAAAUGAACUUUACGAAGUCGCUAAAUCCUUUCGACGAUGACUAUGGAAGUAAUGAUGACUGCAAUCUCUUAUCUAACCCUAUACAUAAUAUAUCGUGUCAAGUGAAUAGUUCACAAUUAUCCACUGGCUCAGCAGUUAACGGUACUAUUAUUUCUACUCCAUCGGUAUUAGAUUCAUCAUCAUUGAGAGAAAUUAAAAGUGACCACAAGUCUACCCAACAAAUGUACUGCAGUUCUUUACAUCUUGCUGUACAACACAAAAUGUUUGGUAUACUCGAAUUUUAUCUUGAAAACAACGCUAAUGUUGAUUGGUUGCUGUUGAAUGAAUCUGGUGAUUCAGUCCUGAGCUUACUUUUGUGGUCGGAGCAGUUUCAGUUGGUCAAGAGAAUAUUAGAAUCUAUGUAUAAUCAAUCAAAGGAUACAUCAGCUAGUCAUGACUCUAAAUUCAACGAAUCCGAUAACGCUAUUCAAUCAUUUCUAAAUAAAAUACCUACAAAAUGUAAUAAGCCAUCUUUAUUGAUUCAAUCCAUUGAACGUGAUCAAUUCGAAGUUGUGAAAUUCUUGGUCGAACAUGAUGCUGAUAUUAAUGAGAACGAAACUGACUGUCAGUCAUAUAUUAACCCUCUAUGGACUGCAUUGAAAUUGAGAAGAUGGACAAUAGCUGAUUAUUUGGUGAAUCAUGGAGCUGAUGUUAAUUCAUGGGCACCGUUUAAUGAAACAAAUGCAAAAGUCACUCUACUACAUCGGGCAAUCCAUGAGAACAAUGAAGAGGCUGGUGUGUUUCUGGUGAAACGAAACUGUGAUGUCAAUGCGUUCGCACAGUUUGAUUAUUCAAUAGAUAAGAAAAAAUCAGAUCAUAUUAUACCAGAAUUAGCUCGAUCACCACUGCAUAUGGCCACUUUAAUUGGAAUGUAUGAACUCGUUCAAGUACUUAUCUCCAGUAAUCGUGUAUAUAUUAACCAACAGGAUUAUAAUGGUGAAACUGCCUUACAUUUGGCAAUCAGAUCAAAAAAUGAAAAACUUGCCAACCUGUUAAUUGAAGCACCUCAAAUAGACUAUACCGUUCGUGAUGCACAAGCAUACACCGUAUUUCAUGUAGCUGUGGAGUUACGUCAACGUGCAAUUGCACAAAGUCUUUUGAAAAAAGACCCUUCUUUAGCUUUACAAGUUGAUAGUUCAGGACGUAAUUUUCUACAUAUUGCAAUAGAAAAUUUCGAUCGUGAAGCUAUUUUUCUUCUUAUUCAAAUUGGAGUUGAUAUGAAUGCUUGUGUACGUGAUGCACAUCGUCUCACACCCUUCCAUUUAGCAAUUAAGACAGGCGUAGAUGAGGAUAUUUUACGUAGUUUGCUUCUUGCCGGUGCAUCUAUUAACUCACAAACACCACAAAAACAAUAUGGUCUUCACUUGGCUGUGAUUUACAAUAGACCGGAAUUAGUACAUUGUUUAUUAGAGAAUGGAGCUGACCCCAAUUCUCAAGAUUCUGAACGUAAUACACCAUUACAUCUAGCUGUUCGACAUGCUAGAGUAGAUUGUCUUGUAAAAAUGCUCAAUCAUUCCGCUACAAAUUGUUACUGUUUAAAUAUCAGAGGUCAAUUGCCGAUCCACUUGCUGGCUCAACAUCAAGGUCCAGUCAGUGUUGAAAUGCUUGAGUAUUUAUUAGAGGUAUCUGUUGCCAAUCAAAUCAAUGCCCAAGAUGCUGCUGGCAAUACUCCAUUAAUUCUCGCAUAUCAAGCAGGAAACAUAUCACUUUGUACCGCAUUACUUCAAGCCGGUGCAUCUUUAGGAAUUAUGAAUUCUGAAGGGGAUACUGUGUUUAGUCUAAAUAAAAAGAAAUGUAAAAGUUCAACUCCUGGACAUGUUCUUUCACAAUUACUAGGUACAUUUUUUUCUUGAAAUUCAUAUGUUUUAAUAAUUAUCCUUCUUUUUAAACAUUUUCCAAUACACUACACUUUUGACUCUGACGAUUCAAUAAAAUAAAAAUAUAACUUGAGAAUGAAAGCUUUGAAUCUGAAAUAGACACAUCUGUUAGAUGACAAAAUCUGUUUAAAUUUACUUAAUUAACCUCAAUAUUAUAUUUUAACAAAGAAAUAUUCUGUUUUAUAAUAAACUGAUUAAAUUUAGUUGCCCACACUUUUCUAUUUGGUUUUGUCUAUUAAAGUGAUUUCUUUUUAAUGAAAAUGAUUAGAUUCACUUAUUCAAGAACCUCGAUGGGAAGAUGGUUCUGUUUGUGUUGAAUGUUGCGUGAAGUUUGGUAUAACUAACAGAAAACAUCACUGUCGCCACUGUGGACGUUUACUUUGUGCUCAAUGUUCAACAUUCGAAAUACCAAUUGUAAAAUAUGAACUUUCUAAACCAGUUCGAGUAUGUGAGGUUUGUUUUAACUUCCUGAAUAAUCCAUCCUAGUAUAUGCAUAUUACUGACGGUUAUGAUUUUUAGUCAUUCUUUCAUAGGCUCCAUUAUAUAUAUAUAUAUAUAUAUAUAUAUAUAUAUAUAUAUAUAUAUAUAUAUAUAUAUAUAUAUAUAUAUACUUUUCCUCAUUAUUUAUGACUUACUUUCGAUUUCUUUCAUAUCAAGUUCUUUGUUGAUUUCUUAUUUUUAUUUGGUAAUUUUAAACAAAGCUGAAUAUAUAUAUAUAUAUAUAUAUA